AUGAUUUUUCCUCUGCGUGGACAAAAUUUCCGGACAACUAAUGUAACACAAAUCAAAGGCUGCCCUUCUUUCCGACAAGUCGAAUUUUUCAUCAAGAAACGCAGCCUUCGCCGCGGUACUCCUCACAGCUGGUGGGAUAUACAAGUCUUGGGCGAGUUCAUAAAGUCAUCCACUAGUGUGUGGAUGGAUAAGUUUCUCCAACUUGCCGUGUACUUGGGGGAAGUGUUUACGGCGCAGCCAUUACGAAAGUUUGUGCACGGAUUCCAUUUUCUUGACAAGACGUACGUGGUCAAAAUUUCAUGGAGAGCAGUGGAUAGGUUGUCUGAAGUAAGCCUUCUUAUGCAGGCACGCGACGUGCGAGGUGUGGCUCGGCUUAUUGGCUCACGGGAUGACUCGAAGAUAAGUAACCUUCGCAAGGGUUUGAAAAUCACGAGUGAGAUGAAAAGAGACGUCCAUCCAGACGACUCUCUUAUGACAACAACCGUCGAGCCAAUAGAGGCAGGUCCACCGAUUCCGGUCCAAAGUAAUGAGCAAAGUACAUCUGAGAAGCGUAAAGACCGAGCCGAGGACAGUAUUGGCGACGAUGGCGACGAGAGAAGCAAGAGGAUACGCGUGUCAGAUAUCGCAGGAGAAGCGCAGAAAAAUGCAGCAGUGAUUAGCGAUCAAGGCAACGGAAAUCCGACAGGCUCAGGAGAGGUAGCACCUGUGAAAAUAGUGCGCCGCUCGACGAGAAUCAGCUCUGGAGAGCCAAUCAAAUACUUUGUCCAAACUCGAAAAAGCGGCCGAUCCUGCAAGUCUGAGUCCAGCAAGUCGGGAUCUAAAAGACGUCGAAACCCGGAUCUUGCGCAAGAGAAAUAUUCUGCCGUGCCUGAUCGUGAGUUGAAAAGGCUUCGGAUAUCGAGUACUGCCAGGGAAACGGUGUCUGGAGAUGGAACAGUGCCAAUUUCUACCCAGGUGGGCCCAUUUACUUUUACUCCUGGUGACUGA